AUGGACGAAGGCAGCGACUUUGUCAGUACUACCCCAUCGCUACUAUGGGCUUUACAUAAAGCCUUUAGAAUGCGGAAGAAUGCAAGAAUCUCUAUUAUCGACAGGUCGAAAAUACGUCAGCCGAUACAGCAUAUUUCCACAAUUCGGCCAAGGAUGAGGGCCAAAGGUCUGCUCGAAGGUAUCAGCUACUCCGGGAAAUUGGAGUACGUCGUCUACGGUGAAAUCGAGGCCGAUGGCAUAAUCAACGACUUCUCCCUAGAGAAAUUUUUGCAAAUGGUCAAUUCGGAUAAUCAAAUACAAAAGAUCUUGGGGUCUGAUAUCCUAUUCAAUAGGGCAUACCAAAAAUCGCUUAUGAAGUUUGACCUCAUCUGUCAAAGUCCCAUCAGAAGAUGGAGUCUAGCACACGUCGUCGGUACGGUUUUUAAAUUUUUAUUUGAUCAGGAGGAAAAUCACCCUCUUGAAGGGUUAUUCAAAUCUAAUUUUUCAAUCGAUUGGGGGCUUGAGGGGCGGAUAGAAUAA